AUGGUAGCUGCUGUGAUCCAACUCCGAUGUGGUGUCAAGAAUGACUCCUGGGGCAAGAAAGGAAAAGAAUCCGUCGUAGCCCAGCUCUGGUCCAAGACGCCCGGAGCCGGGACCAUCGACGACUCGCAAACAUACUCGGAGAUGUGGAUGGGAACAUACCCCUCCAACCCCAACUACCUCCUGUCCACCGGCGAGCAACUCGGCGACUACUUGAAGAAGAAUCCCCAGCUCGUGGGCAAAUCCGUGCUAGACCGAUGGGGACUGGAAAUCCCAUUCGUACCCAAGAUCCUCUCUUUCAGCAAAGCCCUACCGCUCCAAAUCCACCCAGACCUAAAACUUGCUGCAAAGCUACACGCGGAAGACCCCAAGAAAUUCGGCGACACAAACCACAAGCCCGAGAUCGCCAUCGCCCUUUCCAAGCUCGAGCUCUUCGCAGGCUGGAAGCCACUCAAGGAUAUCCAAGCAUUGUUCAAGCUGAACCCUUUAGAGGAAUUCGUGCCCUCAGGCCCAUUCACCGAUGAAACUCUCCGACAAGUCUGCAUGGCCCUCCUCAAAGCCUCCCCAUCCACCGUGGCAUCAGCCAUCAAAGAACUCCAAGCAAUACCCGAAGCCCAGUUCGGACCAGACCCCUACAUCCCGGGCCUGCUGGACCGACUCAACAAACAAUACUCCCCGGGCGACAACGGCAACCUCGUCGCCGCCCUACUGAUGAACUAUCUAACCCUGGGACCUGGUGACUCAGUCUUCGUCCCCGCAGACAGCAUCCACGCGUACCUGGAAGGCGACAUCGUGGAAUGCAUGGCGCGCUCCGACAACGUGAUAAACACGGGCUUCUGUCCCGCCGCCGACCGCGACAGCGUCGAGCUAUUCGGACGCGCACUCUCAUUCGUCCCGCACGAUGCACAGGGGGCUCUGCUGCCGCGGAAAAAGAGCGAGAAGGGCAUGAAUGGGAAGACGGAUGUCUACGCGCCUCCGAUUAGCGAGUUUGCGGUGCUGUGCACUUCUCUCGGCGCGGGCGAGAAGGAAACGCAUAAGGCGAUUCUGGGGCCGAGCUUAAUGGUCGUUACGAAGGGUUGUGGGGUUAUGCAGGUCCCUGGUGACCAGACGGUGCAAUUGAAGGAGGGGUUUGUGUUUUUUGUUGGGCAGGGCGUUGCGCUGGAUUUUCAGACGGAGAAGGGGUUGGCGGUUUACCGCGCGUAUGCGGAGUAG